GCCCGUCGAGCUUGCUGGAGGGGAGGCUUCGUUCCGGUUCGGCCUCCCUGGGUUCCGACCGCGGGGACCCGGGCGGAGGCGGGGCUGGCUGCUGAGCUCGUGCCACGCGCUGUUCUCACGACGGUGGGGGCGGAGGGCGCGGGAGCCGGAGCUCCUCAGACCCGGCGGGCCCCCAGGCGCACCCUGGAGCUGCAGACCCCCGGCCCCGUCCCACGGCUAGCUGAAUCGUGAGACCCUGGCUCAGGGACGCUCAGCUGGUCAGCAGUCCUAUUGGGACCUGUGACAACUUAGGGCUUCUGGCUACCGAAACUAUCUUCAUUUCCACUUAAAAAGUAUCCGAUUUAGCUAGAAACGAACGAGUUGUGACCGCAGCUUUCCACUUUUGGUUUAUUUGAAUUGGUGUCUCUUCCUGGCGUCUACUGAUACUUGGUCAGGGAAUAUAAAAUUAAUUUACUUAUCCAAGAACCGAAAAAGGAUAUAAUUAUUUUUAAAAAGUAAUAAUCUGCUUCAAGGUCAAGAACAUGAUUUUCUAAUUAACUGCUGUUUUUGGUUUCAUAGUCACACUUUCUUCAUGGGCCCGAAUAAUUGAAUAGACCGUGUGUAAUGAAAUUUACGUUUGAAAUGUGAAUAAAAUAAUUUUUGCAGUCUUGGAAAUUUUGAGAUCCCAAAUUUGUUUCGUAUGCCACACAAGAACUUUCAUGCGCGUCCGUGUGAAGAGACCACCAAACAGGCUUUGUACAAUAGGUGAAGAACAAACCCAGAAUCCCUACACUGAACUGCUAGUACUGAAGGCUCAUCAUGAUAUUGUACGAUUUCUGGUACAGUUAGAUGACUACAGAUUUGCAUCUGCUGGUGAUGAUGGAAUUGUAGUUGUGUGGAAUGCCCAGACAGGGGAAAAACUUUUAGAACUGAAUGGACACACUCAAAAGAUAACAGCUAUUAUUACAUUUCCUUCCUUGGAAUCUUGUGAAGAAAAAAAUCAACUCAUCUUGACAGCCUCUGCUGAUAGAACAGUUAUUGUGUGGGAUGGUGAUACUACCAGACAAGUUCAGAGAAUAUCAUGCUUCCAGUCUACUGUAAAGUGUUUAACUGUUCUUCAGAGACUAGAUGUUUGGCUUUCUGGUGGGAAUGACCUGUGUGUGUGGAACCGAAAAUUAGAUCUCCUGUGUAAGACUAGCCACCUUUCUGAUACAGGUAUUAGUGCUUUGGUUGAAAUACCUAAGAACUGUGUUGUGGCAGCAGUUGGCAAAGAACUGAUAAUUUUCAGGUUGGUAGCACCCACAGAAGGAUCACUAGAAUGGGAUAUUCUUGAAGUUAAGCGCCUCCUUGAUCACCAGGAUAAUAUUCUCUCAUUGAUUAAUGUCAAUGAUUUGAGUUUUGUCACCGGCUCCCACAUCGGAGAGCUGAUCAUCUGGGAUGCCCUGGACUGGACCAUGCAGGCCUAUGAACGCAACUUCUGGGACCCAUCUCCACAACUGGACACCCAACAAGAAAUAAAACUCUGUCAAAAAUCAAAUGACAUUUCUAUUCAUCAUUUCACAUGUGAUGAAGAGAAUGUAUUUGCUGCAGUUGGAAGGGGUUUAUACGUGUAUAGCCUUCAAAUGAAGCGUGUGAUUGCCUGCCAGAAAACUGCACAUGACUCCAAUGUCCUGCACAUUGCCAGACUUCCAAACAGGCAGUUAAUCUCAUGCUCAGAAGAUGGCAGUGUACGCAUUUGGGAGUUAAGAGAAAAACAGCAGCUUGCAGCUGAGCCUGUACCAACAGGUUUUUUUAACAUGUGGGGAUUUGGAAGAGUCAACAAACAAGCCAGCCAACCUGUUAAAAAGCAGCAAGAAAAUGCUACCUCAUGUUCACUGGAGCUUAUUGGAGAUUUGAUUGGACACUCAUCAUCUGUGGAGAUGUUUCUAUACUUUGAAGAUCAUGGACUAGUGACGUGCUCCGCUGAUCAUCUCAUUAUUUUGUGGAAAAAUGGAGAGCGAGAAUCUGGAUUGCGCAGUUUAAGAUUAUUUCAAAAAUUAGAGGAGAAUGGUGACUUAUACCUUGCUGUCUAGUUUAAGGAAUUAAAAAUACACAUGCAUGAACCUUGAACAUCAAAUAUCGGGUACUACUCUGAAAACCAUUAAUAUAUUGAUCACUUAAAUUGGUAAUUUUGUCAGUCCAUAAAAUUCUACAUGUUUAAAUUUUUUGUGGACCUACCAACCAGGAACAUGUUGCUUCUCAGGUCCUAGUAUAUCCUCCAAAGAAUAUACCACAAGUUUUUCCAUUUGACUUUGAAGUGGUGAGUGUGUGUUUUGAGCUUAUUUUGAACCUAGACCCUUGUGAAAGGUACAGAUAGAGGUAAUAGUUAAGUUAUGGCAUUUAUUAGAAGUUUUAUUAUUUGGCUUCCUUUAGAAUUAUUGUGAAGUUUAAUAGCCUUUCUCCUGCAAAUUUUCCUAGUCUUUAGUAACUGUUAGUGUUCCAUAUAGCACAAACUUGAAUCUCUCAGCCAAAAAAAGGAACAUAUAUACUGUUUAAGUAUGGCAAGUUUUUUUUUGGUACCAAUUUGUUUAGAUAAUUUUAAAAAUGUUUUUUAGUUCUAGCUACUAAAACCUGUAUGAACUCAAAUGGAUAGGCAUCUUGUGAGGGUGUAUUUUUCCCAGUGUGAAUUGGCUUGAAGAGCCAUGGGCUAAAUGGGUACUAGAACAACAACUGCCCCUCAUGUACGCCAAGGAUGAGCUCUAGAUCAUUUGAGAGGCACAGUGUUUCCAGAGUCAGGGACUGCAGCUGAGCGCAACUGCCCCAUCUGACCACUGACUCAAAUACGAACUGCUUCAGACAGACUUCUUUUAUGUAGUUCUUUGCAGUGUCCAUUGAGACACUAUAACCAGCCUUGUAACAAUAUGUUUUCUCCUUUUGGUGCUAAAAAAUAAAAAUAUUACAAAGUA